UAGCCACCCUUUUUUAUCUUGAAAAUGGGUUAUUAUUACUUUUCCUUUUUUUCUUAUUCAUCCAUGUCUUCAGAAAAUUCAUAUUCAUAACCAUUAAUACUUGUUUUUGAGUAUUGUAAUUUGAUAUAACAAUACUAAUUUGAUAGAAACAAAAAGAGAAAAUUUAAAAAUGGCUUCAUCAAAGGUUGAAAUUGCUUCCUUUGAUUCAGCACAAAAACCAACAUGGGUUUCAAGAGUUGCUAAGAAUAAGAACUUUGGAAAUUUGAAUUUGAAUAAAAGGUUUCAUAAUGUGUUUGGUGAAAAAGAUGAAUCUUCUUUAUCUGCAUUGGUGAGUCCGCGACACACGAAGAUAAUCGAUCGGUGGGCUGCGAGACAAGCUCAAGAAGUGGUGAGGAAUCUUGAAAAGAAUAAUGAGGGUGUUGCUGAUAAGGUGUUUGAUCAUUUUCCUUCACGGUCGUCGAGUUUUAAUUCUAGAAGAGGUAGAGAAGUUUCCGCUUCACCACCUCUUUCGGAUGAAUUGUUUGAAAGUGAAAAAACAUCCAAACUUGGUGCUUCUUCUCUUGUUCAGAUAUGGGAAAAAAGACUCAGCCAAUCCAAUUGCAAGAAACAAAAUGCACCGUCGAUUGGAAGCACAAGUUCUGAUUUGAGUAGUAAUGAGAUAAGUGUGUUUUCUAUGGAAGAUCAUAGCAGGGUCUCGGAAGAAGAGGAAUCUUCUGAUGAGUUGUUUCAAAGUUGUGCUUCGAAAGUGCAUUGUAAUUCAGAUGCUGGUGAAAGUGAUAAAAAUAAGGUUGCCGAUAUUAUAAAGAAGCUAUCGAUUAAAAAUCAAAAGCAAAGUGAUGAGAAUGAUCAUGAGUCAAGUAACAGCGGGACAGGUUCUCCAUGCGUUUCCACGCCAAAACAAUUAUCUGAACGUAGAUGUUUCGGUAAGGUCACAUGCUACCCACGUAUUAGGGGGCGCCAAGCAUUCAAUGAUUUAAUUAUGCAGUUUGAGAGUGAUCGACAUGGAGAGCUCAACAAUCUUGCAGAGCAAGGCGCAGUUUCUAAGUUCACACAAAGAGGUCGUAUUCAGUCAUUGCUUCGACUUAGAUUAUUACAGCGUGGAGUGGCAGCUUUUGAUCCAUCCCGUUUGAAAUCAACAACACCUGAAGGGAACAAACAACAAGGAUCAGUAAUUAUGCAACUUAGGGAAAGAUUUAGCACAAGAGAUGAACAAAGAAAUUCAUCCUUGAUUGAAUUGUCAAAGCCAAGGUUGAUACCAAAGAAUCUAGUGUCUCAAACUAGUGCAUAUAUCAAAGAAGAAGCUCAUUUAUGUUCUGGUUUUGAAGCUCCAAACGAUGCUCCAAAAGAAACCAUUGAGGCAUCAUCAUCGCAGACUGGUUCAAACACAAACAUUGAAACUCCUGAUAAUGUAGAGACAAGAGACCAACUAUCUUAUGAUACUAUUGAAACCAGUUGCAGCGAGAUAAUGGAAGAAAAUGAUUGUAGUGACUAUAAUUAUGAUGAAACUAGAGAAAGUCAUGAUUGGGCCAGUCUCAUUUCUCGGCCUAGAAGCUACUGGGAGGAACUUAGACAAGAAUGGUACAGAGAAAUGCUUAACUCUGGUUCCCAUAAUGACGAGAGACGCAAGCUCCUUGAAAGAAGAACAGUUUCAACCGUCCUUUCUAGCGACUUCCGAGAAAAGAUGGAUAAAUUGAUGAAAUCUCAUAGGGGAACACAGACACGUCUAAUCAAUAAUCAAAGCGACGAGGAAGACCGAGAAGGAAAUAUGCAACAAUUGUCAGCAUUUUUUCACGACCGAUUCCAUGUUAGAGGUGAUCUCGAAGAAAAUGGAAGAGAUAUAAAAGAAAAAGAGGUGGCAGUGGAAGAGGAAAGCAUCAAUAGUGGUUCAGAUCAUGAACUUGCUGAUUGUCAAUCCUCAUCAUCUGUAGAUUCACCAUCAUCAGCAACAUGGAGUUACGGAGACACUGAUGGUGCAGAUGAUUCUGAUAGAGUUGUAUUUGUAUCCUCACCAUUGCCUUCACAAUCUCAAUCCUUCUAUCGAGAUAAUAGGCAAUACUCUCCAUCGACAAACCAUCAACCAAUUGAUAUGGAAUUCGUAUACGAUAUGCGAGGGCAAAUGGAACAACUUUUCCGCGAGAUGUCUGAGCUAAGGGAAACACUAAAAUAUUGCACAGACAUGAAUAUGCAAUUACAACAAUCCCAGAAACAAGAAGUUCACAAAGUAAGAGAAAAGAAAUUCACCAAUAAAACAUCAAAGAAAGGAAAAUGUCGCAUUUGCAAGGAGAAUAAAGCAAACGCAGUUUUAUAUAGAUGUGGGCACAUGUGUGCAUGUUUCAAAUGUGCGAGUGAGUUGCAAUGGAAAAGUGGAAAAUGUCCAAUAUGCCAAGUUGAAAUAAUAGAUGUUGUUCAAGUAUAUACUAACACAUAAUAUUUACAUGGUGUACAAAGCCUUCAAAUUUGGUAAACUGAAAAAAAAGAAGGCAAAUUACCAUUUUCUAUUAAACUAUAGUCCUUUUAAUUGAGAGAGUAUGUUAACUUCUUCUUGCUCCACUAUCUCUCUCCAACUUAUUCUUACUUCCUUCUAAAUCAAAUUAUCUUUUAAUUUAGCCAUCAACUCUUAUUUAGUUUCAAAGAUAUUUUUUUCCUAACCAAUACUUUUUAGAUUCUCAGUGGAUUUGAAGAAAGUUGUGUUGUGCAAUAUUACUAGAAUGAUGAAAGUAUGACUUCUCCUAUAACAUGUAUAAUAUGUAAUUGGUGUUUUUCUAAAGGAGAAAUAUAUGAGAAUUUUGACUA